AUGGCUACCCAAGUAUCUUCGACCGGCGACGUCUGCCUCUACUUCCUCGCUAUCUUCCUUCCUCCUGUCGCGGUGUUCUUCAAGCGCGGAUGUGCUGCUGAUUUCUGGAUAAACGUCUGCCUGAGUAUCCUCGGCUGGAUACCAGGUGUCCUCCACGCUUGGUAUAUUAUUUCGAAGAGCGAGGGUGCGAUGUGA